UCUUCCUCAUCUCUCCAUCAUCUCAAGAACGCCUCCACCCUCAUUUCUCCGCCAUAGACGCCCUAGCAAAACCCUAGCCCUCCACCACCCACCACCACCACCAGCUGCCCCGACUUGCCAAGAAUGGCCAAGAAGAAGGUGCACCACCACCCCCACCCCCACCCGCACGACACCCACGAGGAAGAAGACCACUCUCCGCCUAGCGAGGACACCCACCACCACCCCCACCAACCCCACCACCCCACCAAGGCCAUGGACCAUGACGACGACAACCCUUCGUCGGAGAAGCUCCAGAGCCUCAAGUCCCUCAACGCCAUUCUCCUCCGGGAGACCUCCGACCGGCGGCACGAGGUCGAGUCCCUGGAGCGCGCCAAGAAGGCCCUGGAGAGCGAGCUGGCGAGGUUCGGCGGCGAGAAGGCGGCCCUGGAAGCCGAGCUGGGCCGCGCGGGCCGGGAGGGCGUCGGGGCGGCGCUCGAGAAGGCCGUCGUUUGCGCUUUCCUGGAGACCCAGAUGGCCGAGGUCGGCGCUCGGGUGGCGGGGUUGGUGCAGCGGAGGGACGCGGAGGUGGAGGGGCUGAGGGCGAGGGUGAGCGAGCUCGUGGGUAGCCUCGAGAGGGAGAGGGCGGUUCUGGGGGACGUGCGCGGCGAGAGGGAUUCGCUGAAGGCGGAGUGCGCGGGCUUGGUGGAGAAGGCGGGCCUGCUGAAGGAGAGCCUGAGUGAGGUGGAGAAGGUGAGGAGGAAUCUGGAAGGGAGUUUCGAGAGGCUGAAGUUGCAGAAUGAGAAGCUGGUCAGGGAGAAAGAGGAAGGGGAGAGAGCCGUCGAGGCGGCAAUGAUGGAGAGAGAUUCCGCCGAGAAUAGUUUGGCGCAGGCCGGGGUCGAGGCCGGUGAGCUGAAGAGUAGAGUCGAGGAACUUGGGAGGGUCAAUAAGGAUUUGGAGAUGGAGAAAGAUGGGCGGCAAGUGAAGAUAGAUGAAUUGGAGAAGGAAAUGGCUGUGUUGAAUGAGGUUGAGGUGAGUUUGAGAAGAGAGGAGGGAAAGCUGAGAGAAAGGGUCUCCGAAUUGGAGAACAAAUGCGAUGUGGGGGUUGAAAAGGAAAAGGAGAUGGUAGGGCAGAUUAAUGUUUUGAUUGAGGAGAAGCGGGGAAAGGAUGAGAAGAUCGAGGAGCUGAAAGAAAAGAUAAAUUCGGUGGAGAGACUAUUGAAGGUGGCCGAGAAAGAAUUGGAGGAGAAGGACCGGCUUAUGGAGGGGAUAGUUCGGAAGAAAAUUGAGAUCGAAGAGGCGAACUAUUGUAAGCAGAAUGAGAUUGCUGGGUUGCUUAGAGAGGUUGGUGAGCUGAAGAAGGAGAAUACUGGAUUAGAAUUUUCACUUCGAGAUCAAGAGGACAAGAAUAAGGGUCUGCUGUGUGAACUUGGCUCUUGUAGAGAAGCUUGUGAUCGAGUCACUCUCGAGAGGAACAAUGUCCAGAAGGCUCUGGACGAGGAGAAACAGAAUGCCUCGAAUUUGAGGUCUGUGGUUUCUGUAAUGAAGAGCAGAGUUGACGAAACCGUGGAGGAGUUGGGUCACAUCAGGACCGAGAGAGAUGAAUUGAUCUCCAAGAACAAGAAUAUUCAAAGCAAAUUCGACUUGUCUGAGAAAGAGAAGGAAUUGCUUGAGAAGAAGGUCUUAGAUGCAGAGCGAACUAUUGAGGACUUGGAGGCAAAAAUCGAAUCUGCCAGUAUCAAGUUGGAGAGAACUUUGGCCAUCUUGAAGAGAACUGCAGCUCUUGUGAAUGAGGUCAAGGACGGGACUUAUGGUAAAGAAGAGGCGAUUGAAGAACAGAAGCUCGAGGAAGAUUUUCAACCAUUCGCGAGAGAAUAUGAAGCCAUCAAGAGUGCUUUCCUGACCAAAGAGUCCCUGGUGGAAGACCUAAAGCAGCAGAUUGAGUUGCUGCAAGACUCUGCAGCCCAGGCACAUAAGCAGAAGGGCUUUUGGACGUUGCUUUCCUCGGCAACCACGUUGUUCGCUGCAGCAUCAGUCGCGUACUUUGCCAGGGGACGAUAAUCAGCAGUCGUUUCUACAUUAGCCAUAGCAGUCUUUAGGGCUAGUGAGUACUUUCGCUUGCCUGACAAACGCGAUGAAGUUACGAUGAGAGGCCGUUUUUGCUGUCCCUUUAAACAUGAUAUGCAGUACAAUAAUGUACUCAAACACUCUGGAAUUGCUUACUUAGAUUCUCAGAGUUGUCUGAAUCUGAAUCCUCCAGUUGAAAUUCCAUGAUGGUAGUAGUUUCUACAAUUUUUCAUGCUAUGGCCGUUUACUUUUUGUCUCUGCUGAUCUCUGUAGUGCUAUUGCACAAUUCUGUUGGUAAUGGUUGUCCAUGAUUAGAUGAA